CCGGGCGCGUGACGCGGCUGCGGGGGUUCAUAGCGGAGCGGCGGAGGUGGCUGUUGAGGGUUGGUGGCUGUGAGGACGGCUCGCCGAGGCUCGGGAGUCCGCCUUGUCCUCAGUGCUCGUACCCCGCACUGUGUUAUCUUCCGUGGUCUCUCCUUCUCCACCGGCCGCGUCCCGUGUGCGUGUUGGCGCUUGGUGUGUGGCAGGCUCGGGCUGCCCCGGUGCCUGGGGCCGCUGCACAAGCUGCCGGCUAACCUGGGGAGUGGUUGGAUACCCCCUUUCUUCACCCCCCCCCACCCCCCAGCACAAACUUUUCGUUUCCCCUUUGCUUUAAUUUCCCCUUCCUACUCAGCCAGGAGCCUAAUACACACGGUUAGGUGGCUUUGUUGCCUUUUCAGGCAUGGAUAAAAAAGAAUGGAUUGAAGAAAAAGAUCAAUUAAAUGAUACACUAAAAAUGUGUGGCAUGAAGAAGCCAUAUAGGUAUUCCAAGGAAAAGCUGCUAGAAAUCAAAGAGUACCCAUAUGCAAAGCAGAGACCCGCAUGUCUUCUGGAAAAGUAUGACAGUGAAGGCAUCUGGGACCCUGAAAAGUGGCAUGCAUCCUUGUAUCCCACUUCUGGCAGAAGUUCACCAUUGGAUGGAACUAAGAAAGACAAUGCUUCAGACCUGGAGAGAGCAGUUCUGAAGCGCAGAAUUGCAGAUCCACGAGAGAGAAUAAAGGAAGAAGAUAUUUAUGUUGUACUCAGUCCUCAGCGCCGAAGCUUUGGUGGUGGCUGUCAUGUAACCAAUCCAUCCAAUAGUCGACGAUCUGGAAGCCCAUUGGAAAAUAAAGAGAAUGAAACUGUUCGUGGGUUGGGGUGCCAACGUAGAAUUGGCAGCGGGCGAAUAAUUACAUCACGGACCUUUGAUCGGGAUGGCAGAGAAAAAGACUUGCGUGACAGAGAUCCCAGAGAAGGCAGGGAACGCGACUACAAGGAAAAACGUUUUAGGAGGGAGUAUGGUGAUGGCAAACGUAUUUUUGGUGAGAGAAGGAGAUAUGAUUCUUACACUGAAGAGGAGCCAGAAUGGUUCUCUGCUGGCCCUACUAGUCAGUCAGAAACUAUAGAGCUGACGGGCUUUGAUGACAAAGUACUAUUAGAGGAUCCAAGACGGCCAAAGAGAUGGAGGAAGCGAUCGGAAACCCUUAAAGAAGGUGUAGAAUGCAAUGGUGCUGUUCAAGCGUCAGAGGUAUCUACUGUUGCUACAUCAGAAGCUGACCAAGAAGUUCCCCAGGAAGCAGUCCUGCCAGAAACCUCUCUGGGAGAUUUUGACUUCAAUGAGUUCUUCAACAUGGAAAAAAGUGUACCCGGACUAGCAUCGAUGAUUGAAGAAGUGCUUGGUGAAGGAUCUGUGUCAUCCAGCCGGUUCAGUCAAUGGUUCUCGAGUAACUUGAGUAGACCAGGUAGUCGUUCAAGUAGCCUGCGAUCUACUCCACAUGAAGAACUCGAGAGACUUGCUGGUUUGGAGCAGAGGAUCCCAACUCCUGUUACGCAGCUUGGAAACUAUUUUGCUCCCAUUCAAUCACGAGACGAUAAUAAGGAGAUUAAUAAAAAGGUUGAUAUUUUAGAAAUACUGCGGAAAGCAAAUGUGGACGUGAAACCACUGCUGUCCAGUCUCACCGCCAACAAGGAGAAACUAAAGGAGAGUUCUCAGACUGGAGUGGUUUUGUCUGUCGAAGAGGUGGAAGCAGAACUGAAAGGUCUCAAAAUGGAAUCCGAGAGAAAACUUGCCACCCCUUUCAUGGUGGAACAUCUGGAACAGACUUUAACUGCAUCAUCUGGUCCUAAACACAUACAAAAAAAAGACACUGAUAUGACUGCUUUCAAUAAACUAGUUAACAGUAUGAAGGCAAGUGGAACCUUGCCUUCACAGUCAAAACCCACUGAAAUCCUACCACCCCCUGUAAUGGGGCCUCCAUCCCCAGAUAUUCUAGGUGACCUGCUUGGCAGCCAGAAUCAUCAUAUAUCAGUCAUAAAUCAGCAAGGCCAUUCAUCCCCCAUACCAACGUUCCAGCAGCCUUCUCCAUCCGAGUUCUUCAGAGUCAAGUCUCCAAUUGGUUAUGCCCAAAAUUCUACCCACAUUCAAGAUCACUACCAAGGACUGCCAUUGUCCAAAAAUGUGUCUCCUAUUACACGGGCUAAUAGUCCACCUCAACUGGAUAUGCGACACGGAACCAUGGAACGUCUUCCCUUUGCCCAAGACCUACACAUGCCUGGCGGAGAUGUUUAUCAACCUGGAUAUGGGAAAAUACAUCAUGAACACAACAGGGGUGGCUAUAGUGUCAGGCAGCAGCGAAUUAGGUCACCUGGACCAGCCAGUCAGCACCGGUUGAAUGCAGCAUCACCGUCACAGGCCUCCUCGUUUACAAAUAUGCUUUCUCCAUCGUUCACUCCUACCUCAGUCAUUCGAAAGAUGUUUGAAAGCAAGGAUAAGUCUAAAGAUGGGAAAGAGAGCCAUCCAGUGAAAGACUUUGUGGAGGAUGGACAUGGCCUCAUUGAAGGCCAUUUGUCACCAGGUUCUCAACAGGAAAACUCAAACAGAGGGACAUCUCCCAUUGGAGGGACAAGGUCAACAUAUCAUAGAUCUGCAUGUACAACUCCUCAGUUAAACCAGAUGCGAUUCACUAAAGACCAAGACUAUAGACCCAGGUCCACAGGAAGGAAAACUCCCUCGGGGGCCUCUCCUGUUCCCGGGUCUUCCUUUCCUCGACCUAUUUGUCCUCUAUCCCUUGUGUCACAUGUACCCCUUGUGCGUCAGUCGCCCCCUCACUUGCCUCCAGGGGUAGUUCAGAGGAUGCUGGCACAAGGCAUUACACCUCAGCAGCUACAACCAGCAUUGCUUCAUGCAGGUAUGUUUCAGUCAGGCAUGGAUCUGUCACAUUUGCAGACCCUCCCUCCAACUCUCCUUGGGCAGACUUUCUAUCCUCUUCCAGCAAGUGGACUCCCUUUGUUGAACCCUCGAGCUGCAAUCUCUGCAGUACAGAUUCAGGCAUCUGGAACACCUCUACAACACCUGGCCAUGAUAAGACAAGUGCUGCAGUCACCAAGUACAAGUGGCCAAGGACCUGGAGCCCACCUCCAUCUGAACCAGCAGAAUUCCACACUGCAGCCCCUCCAUCAGAGAAGUGGAUCUCCUGUCAAUCUCUCCAAGUGGUUCGGCAGUGAUGUCCUUCAACAGCCAUUGCCCUCUAUGCCCAGCAAGGUGAUCAGUGUGGAUGAACUUGAACUCCAUCAGUAGAAGUGUGACAAUAUAAAAUAUUUGCAAAGAUGGUACAGUUUAAAGAAUGAGCUGCUGGAAUCAAAGUACAUGGGGAUGGCCCCGAGGGUGGAUUUGUUUGUUACCCAGUGUUUCCUGAUCCCUUGACUGGGGGAAAAAGCUACUUGGCAGUACAACAAAAUCCUAACAGUCAGAUAGGUGGAGAAAGUUAAUCUGUGGCAAAUGCUCGUCUUGAACAUUGGAUACUUUUAAGAAUCCAGUGAGAGCAGCAAAAAGUGGGUUUUGAGGGGUUUUACAAAUGUAGGCCACCUGGAGAAUUGUAUAGAUCUUGUGUACAGAAACUUGUGUAAAAUAACACUGCUCACAUCUGUACAUAUAUGCAGUGGCUAACUGUACAUAAAACUGCAGGAACGAUGAAUGCAACGACUUGUACACCAGUUUUGCUGACAUUUUGUAGUUUUUUUUGUGGAAUUUGGCAGCAUGAAUAUUUUUAUUUCAUAUGCACUACAUGGUUCCUGAGCAGGCCUGUGAAUAGUGACCAGUAGGUAGUAAUUAAGCAGGCAACUCUGUACUGGGAAUGUCGUGUAUAUACUAGAUUUGAUUUAAUGCUGGGAGCAAGAAAUAGCAGAAAACACAAAACUUUUUGUUUGGAAAAACUAGGUCAAAUUGGAUCCAGUUUAUUGCUAUUAAGCUGGGAACCAAGUCUUCAAUGUGAAGUCAUCCCUACUCGUUGACCCUGAAGACCACAAGGACUGCUUGGAUUGGAUGGGGAUAGGGGAGACGGGCUUGAAUUUGGUAACUUUCUUUUUGCAAAAAGUUGGUUGAGUGCUUUGGAGUUGUAAAUUUGCUUACCAGUUUGACGUGAAGGCCCCCAUUACCCGUACAGAUGAGAUGUUGCCUCCAGUGUUCAGGAAGUAGUGUUUUUUGUGCCUUUUAUUUUGGUUCUGUGGCUAAAAUGCUAUCUUUACUCCUUCACCUCCCAAACACAAUUUAAUGUACUGUCCCUUCACCACACUGUAAAGCUCUGCUUUGCAUUGUUCAGUAAUGUGAUCCAUGUCUGCUGGAAUUUGUUGUUUUAGGGAAGGGAAAAGCACAAAGGUGAUUUUCAAAAUGAUAAUAAAAUAUCAAUUCAAUGU